AUGGCAUCUUCUGACGACGACUUCCCGCUAAUCACCGCCACCACCGCCGACACAACCACCACCGGCCACCAGUCAAACCCUAACUUUCACCGCCACCAGCUCGCCGCAACCGCUCACCUACUAUCCUCCCAAACAAAUCAGAUAACCGCACGGCCUCCGGCGGAAGCCACCGGCGAGGCGUACGGAGACGGCGCUUACUGUUCACAACAGAUUACCGUGGCGGUUCCGUACGAAAACAACUCCGAUCCGACCAGAUCUAGAAUCAACGGUGCUCUAUCCGGUUCGAAUUCUGCCGGAGAGUACAGGAAGGAUCGAGAAGAGUGGAGUGAUACAGCGAUUGCGUGUUUGUUAGAUGCGUAUUUAGAUAAGUUUGUACAGUUGAAUAGAGGCAAUUUGAGAGGUAGAGAUUGGGAAGAGGUGGCGGUGAGUGUGAGCGAGAGGUGCGAGAAGCAGACGAAGAGUGUUGAGCAGUGUAAGAACAAGGUGGAUAAUCUGAAGAAGCGGUAUAAGUUAGAGCGGCAUCGGAUGAUGAAUACGGUGAAUGCAAAUGGUGGAAAUGUUACUAGUCAUUGGCCUUGGUUUAAGAAGAUGGAGCAGAUUGUCGGGAAUUCAUUGCCGUUGAAGACGGUGUUAGGGGAGGAGAAUUCGGGUAGUGGAAUGAGUAGCCCUGGUAGACAGUCUAAUAAGAGGUAUGUGAAGGUUUGUUCGUUGUUGUUAUUUUAG